AUGCAUUGCACUCUUGGAUCCCGCGUUCGAGCUGCGCUAGCUCCUGUUGGUGCUCUGGCAGCGGCUGGUGGCGCGCUUUCAGCUCCUGUUAGCGCACUAGCUGCUGCUGCCGGCGCGCUAGGAGCUAUUGGUGGUGCGCUAGUAGCUGCUGCUGGCGCAUGCUUGCUGGCGGGUGGCCCUACGGGUAGGGCGUACGCGCUGGUGCGCGUGGUUGUGCGCGCUUGUCCGUGCUGCAGCGCGCGCGAGUGCGUGCUGGUGUGCGCGCUGGUGCGGGCUGCAGUGCGCGCUGCUGAUUCGCGUCCUGCUGUGGCACGGGCUGCUGUUACGUGCCCUGCUGUGGUGCGCGGUGCUGCUGCUGUGCGUGCUAUAGCGCGCGCUACUACGGUGCGUUCUGCAGGGGCGCGCUAUGCUGGCGGCGCGCGCUGCUGUUACGCACCCGCUGUGGCGCGCGCUGCUGCUAAGCGCGACGGGCUCUACGGGGCAAUGGGCGACCUAAGACGCGACGGGCUGCACGGGGCGACGAGCAGCCUAUGUGUUGGUUGGCUGGACGGCUGGCUGGCUGGCUAA